UAUUUUAAUUAAUUAAUUAUUAUUAAUAGGCAUUUUAAAUAAAGUGAAACGCUCUCGAAAAAGCUCAUAAUACAAAAACUUGUUGUAUUGAACCCAGAAAAGAAAAGCAGACGAGAAAGAAUCGCCAAACCCCACAAACAACCAAUCGUUAGCCCUAAUUUUUUCCCGAGAAAAUAAUAAUCCCACUUGAACAAAACAACUACAACACUUUCUUCUUCCACUUUUUCAAUUUCCUUAUGUGAUGCAUCAGAAGAAAUCAGAAGCUCAGAUCGGAAAAGAAAGCAGCGGCGUCUCUUCCGAUUUCAACCCAACCCCUCCACUUCUAUUCCAUUCUCAUCAUCAUCAUUAUUCUCACAAUCCAUCUUCUUCUCUGUCUCAUUCAUCAAUCUCAAUUCAAUCCCUUACAAACGACGAUAUCAACGCUCAAUUUCAUCCCAAAAUUCAUUUGCCGCCUUACCCAUCUCAAGCUCUUCCUCCUAAUGAUCUAACGAUCCCUCCUACGACGCCGUAUAAGCGUCCCCUUCUCACCCACAACGCUUCUUCUCUCUCUAAAUCUCCGACCCUUUACAAGUUCCCUACUGCCAAGCAAAACCCAUCUCUCAAUUCCAUUUCUUUAUCCGCCAAGACUGCUGCUUUUCGCCUCAUUCGACGCCUCAACCGGCUCCGCCGCCUGGUGAUUCUUCUCUCUCUGCCUUUCUUUUACUUCCUCGUCUCACAUCCCAGCCACUCUUUCUUGAUUGAUUUUCUCUCCGCUUUCGCUUUCUCUGCUGCUCUCCUCUUCUCCCUCAAUCUCGCCCUUCCUCGCCUCCCCUCGAUUCGAUUGUUCCUCUCGAGGUCUCUCCCGCUAAAACUCAAGUCCAGACCGCCUUUGCCGGUGUUUUGGUCAAUUGGGUCUCGGCCGAAAUCGGAGAAGAGAGUGAAUUCCGGUUGCUCGGUUCAGGUAUACCGAAACGGCGACAUUUACGAGGGAGAAUUCCAUAAGGGAAAGUGCUCCGGGAGUGGAGUGUAUUAUUAUAACAUGAGCGGGAGAUACGAAGGUGAUUGGGUUGACGGGAAGUAUGAUGGUUAUGGGGUUGAGACUUGGGCUCGAGGGAGCCGUUACCGAGGCCAGUAUAGGCAGGGACUGAGACACGGUUUCGGGGUUUAUAGAUUUUAUACCGGUGACGUUUAUGCCGGGGAAUGGUCUAAUGGACAGAGUCAUGGGUGUGGUGUUCAUACAUGUGAGGAUGGGAGCCGUUAUGUUGGUGAAUUCAAGUGGGGCGUUAAGCAUGGGCUUGGUCACUACCAUUUCAGAAAUGGGGAUACAUAUGCUGGAGAAUAUUUUGCUGACAAGAUGCAUGGCUUUGGAGUUUAUCGAUUCGCCAAUGGUCACCGUUAUGAGGGGGCCUGGCACGAGGGUAGAAGGCAAGGCCUAGGGAUGUAUACAUUCAGAAAUGGCGAAACACAAUCUGGUCACUGGCAAAAUGGAGUUCUUGAUAUUCCAAGCACACAAAGUACAACUCACCCUGUUUCUCCCGUGGCUGUUUAUCAUUCCAAAGUACUCAAUGCCGUCCAGGAAGCAAGAAGAGCAGCUGAGAAAGCUUAUGAUGUGGCCAAGGUUGAUGAAAGGGUGAGCCGAGCUGUAGCGGCUGCAAACAGGGCAGCCAAUGCAGCUAGAGUAGCAGCAGUUAAAGCUGUCCAGAAACAAAUGAUUCAAAAUAGUAACGACAGCACUCCAAUUCCCGUCAUGUGAGAACCCCAACAGAAUAACAGCAACUAUUGAUCAGUGAAAAAAAAAUAUCCAUCUCAUGGCAACAUUAAGAAAUGCCGGCUUCUGCGGUUUUUUCUUUCCAAGUAGCUUCAGCUUCAUGUUCUGUCUUCGACAUCUCGCUUUGAGAGGAUAUAAUUUGAGUGCCUCUCCAACUCGAUUGCAGGGAGCGCGGAAGUAGUAAUCUGAAGAGGUGUAAACAAUGUCCAUCUAUAUUGCCUUUAGAAAAAUCUUAUGUAUACAGUCCAAGUCCAAAUAUAUAGAGCGAAUAUGGCGUCCUCCACCAGUUCAUAGAGAGAGGGAUGGCGAUAAUGCCAUCCUUUUCCUUCGUCGUUCUUCUUCUUCUUUUUCAAGUGUUACUAAUUUUGCUUUUUAAAUAUUUUGGUUCAUUUUUGUAAAGAUGAGUUAGAUGUAAUGUAAGGGAGGUGCUGGCGCCUAGGUAAAAUUGGAGUCAGCCACUGCUAUAUGUGAAAUUGUCGCCAUUUUUAACCAAGUACUGUGUUAUAUUAGCUAAGAGAGUUAUGAAAUAAUAACAAUGGUAUAUAACCAAGAACAAUUUGGUUAA